UCUGCCAUAUACACAUGAUGAUAUAUCUCACUGUUCUGUCGUCUGCACAUUUUACGGUCCUCACUGAUGGACAGAGCAUGUCAUCCUGCUAUCAUUUGGAGCCUAAUACUGACGCUUUCAAUCCGCUUUCAGGCUGGUGCCUUUCUCCGUGACUGCCUCAAUUGUCCGUGGAAUGACUCUCGGUCCUCGAGUCGAGAUCUUUACCCAACUAUCAUGCAAUGCUAUUUAUGGUCAUGAUGUGUACGACCAUACAUCGGCCAAUAUCACUUUCCUUGGUUCAGACACAUUCCAUGCCCCUCUUCACAUCGACCCUACAGGGUCAUAUUUGCAUAGACCGUACCUAGACACAUCUAGAUCAUCAGACGAGCUCCCACUCACUUUCACUGCCCAAGAUAUGCCCGACGAUGACGAUGGCGAUGACGACGGCGAACCUGACCCGCGCAUCAUACCGUCCAAGCGGUGCUUACAGGAUCCUGCCGUACAGUCGGGUGCAGCACGAUUGCAGACAAUCAUGACCUUCACAAUGGGCGUGCUUUCUGCGUUAACCACCGGCUGGUGGGGCCAUUUCGGUGAACUGCACGGUCGCACUCGGGUCCUCGCUGCGGCUACAAUGGGUCUUUUCUUGACGGAUUUGACCUUUAUCCUCGUCUCUACACCACACAGCAUUUGGGCAUCGCACGGACAUAAACUGCUGAUCAUAUCGCCCAUGGUCGAAGGGCUGCUGGGCGGCUGGCAGACGCUGCAGGCGGCAAUAAACGCCUACGUCUCGGACUGCACUUCGGACGGAUCGCGCGCGCAGAUUUUCUCACGCUUUACCGGGGUAUCGUUCUUUGGCCUGUCAAUUGGUCCAGCGAUUGGCGCGUUCCUCAUUAGACAUCCUAUCUUCUCGUCUCCCGCGCACUCAAGCGCCCACGGGCCCGCACAGACGGUCACAUCGGUGUUCUACGUGAGCGCGGCCUGCUCACUGGUCAACGUACUUCUCGCACUGUUCGUCUUCCCCGAGCCGCCGAAGAAGAAGGCUAAGCCGGGCCAGGAGGUACAGACAGUCUCUGAUGCGGAAGGCUCGACGCCGACAUCGGGAGGCAAGCAUGGCUUCAUGGCAGGAUUCUUGGGUCCUUUUGCAUUGCUAGCACCACGCAAGGUCCAACUGCCCGGUGGCGGUACCCGACGGGACUAUAGACUCACAUUGAUGGCGCUUGCAUUGCUGGUCUAUGCCCUCUCGACUGGUAUCUUCCAGCUCAAGUAUCUGUAUGCAGAGCACAUGUAUGGCUGGGGUGCCGAGCAGCUGAGCUACUACAUCUCGGCCAUGGGUGCUGCACGAACGUUGUAUCUGCUUGUUCUGAUGCCUAUUAUCAUUUUGACUUUCAAGCCGAAGCCUCCGCCGGGCACCGCUACCGCGGUGGCCGCCAUACCGGGCAAGAAGCCACCCCAGACGCCAGCACAGAUCGCUGCUGAGAUGCGCUUCGAUUUCAACCUGCUUCGCGCCUCACUUACGGUGGACCUGCUUUCGCAUAUUCUCGUUGCGCUGUCGGCGCCAGACUCCAGCGCGGCUAUGUUUACCAUCUUCACCUCGCUGAGCAGCUUUGGUGCGGGCGUGGAUCCGGCACUGCAGAGCCUCGCGCUGUGCAUCAUGCAGAUGAAUGGCGAGGACAACCGCGGAAAGCUCUUCGGCAUGUUCGCGAUGCUCCGCACAACUGGGCAGAUGAUUAUUGGGCCGCUGCUUUUCGGUGUUGUAUACAGCGCAACCGUCGCGCAGUUUCCGAAGGCCAUCUUCGUCGCCGCGGGCAGCUUUGCGUUCGUCGCAUUCGCACUCCUGUGCAUGGUUCGGCCGGACGUGGGCACCAAAACACGCCGCAAGCUCUCAAGGCGACGCGAUGACAGCGAGAUCGAACGCGGGCGGUCGCGUGUCAGCAAGGAUAUCAACAAGUCGAGCGUGAACGUCGCUGUUGUACCCGUAGCAAGCGGCUCUGGCUCCAGUUCUGGCUCUGGCUCGCGGGCCUAGAUUUGAUUGUGUAAAGUAUCGGAGCUGGUUUCGUCGAUGAUGAUUCUCACAUGCUAUCCCCUUUUACUGCUAAUCCUACUAUUGUAUGUAUAUAUAGAAUAUCUACGUACGGUCUGCAUUCAAUCACAUUACUGUCCUUUAUAUUACCUGUCUU